CUGUUCGAAGAGAGGCGUGGUCACGUCACGCCGCAUCAAGAUUGACCUGGUUUAAAUCCACACCCAAGCCAGCUUGCAUUCAUUGAAAAGUGCAUAGCCGACGCUUACAGUAUCUUCCCGUGAACAUUCUACCCGAACCGAUUAUGGCUAACUAUAUUCAUGUACCAGAGGGUGCUCCCGCUGUACCCAAAUUAGAUGUCACAGUAGACGAACACGAUUUCAGAACUGGGGCGCUGAAACUCAUCAAGGAGCUGAGACCCAACUGGAAACCAUCAGAGGUCAAAAUGAAGUCCUUCACCGAUGGAAUAACCAACAAGCUGAUUGGUUGCUACUUGGGCGGGGCGAUGAAGGAUGUAGUGCUGGUGCGCAUCUAUGGCAACAAGACCGAGCUGUUUGUGGACCGCGAGAACGAGGUGAAGAGCUUCCGGGUACUGCAGGCGAACCGGUGUGCUCCCCAGCUCUACUGCACCUUCAACAACGGCCUCUGCUACGAGUUCUUAGAAGGAACCGCACUAGAACCCGAACACAUACGCAGUCCAGGGUUAUUCCGGCUAAUAGCACGGCAGCUAGCGAAGUACCACGCCAUCCAUGCACACAAUGGCUGGGUGCCGCAGUCUGACCUCUGGUUUAGGAUGGGCAAAUACUUCUCCUUGGUGCCCACCCACUUCCAGGACCCAGCCCAGAACCUUAGGUUGAGCCGUGAGGUACCGAGUGCACGCUGCCUGCAGGAGGAGAUGCUGUGGCUGAAGCAGAGUCUCUCUGGGCUGGGCUCUCCUGUGGUCCUCUGCCACAACGACCUGCUCUGUAAGAACAUCAUCUACAGCCAGACAGGAGGAAAUGUCAAGUUCAUUGACUACGAGUAUGCAGGCUACAACUACCAGGCCUACGACAUCGGAAAUCACUUCAACGAAUUUGCAGGUCUGAGUGAUGUGGACUACAGCCUGUACCCUGGGCGAUGUCUGCAGCUGCAGUGGCUCCGGGCCUACCUGGAGGCUUACAAGGAGCACAAGGGGCAGGGCGGCCUGGUGACCGAUACCGAGGUGGAGGUGCUCUAUGUGCAGGUCAACCGCUUCGCUCUGGCGUCACAUUUCUUCUGGGGCCUCUGGGCCCUCAUUCAAGCCCAGUACUCCACCAUUGACUUUGACUUCCUGGGAUAUGCCAUUCUUCGCUUCAGCCAGUACUUUAAGAUGAAGCCCGAAGUGAUGGCCCUGAACUUUCCUGAAUAAACCCGAAGACAACUGUGGCCUCUCCCCAGAGAGUGCUGUGCCCUCUGAAGAACAGCUUCCCCUAGUGGACACCAUGGCCAACUGCAUCAUUGCCCUACUACUGGUCUCAACACACCCAUAACAUCACCACAAAAAAGUCUUUCGCAGACACACACUCCACACUUCUCAGAUUAUAAACACACUGUACAGAACCACUAAACUGAACUAACACAAACGCACCCACACGCGCACACACACACACACGCACACACACACACACACACACACACACACACAGUUUAAAGGAUUGACCAGCACACCUCCCGUUAUAAAGGGCACAGAGAGGACUGGCCCCUACAGACCUCCCUCACACUUUUGCUUCCGGUUCUGUCAUGCCACAACGCCUGGCACCGGACCAACCUCGAAUACGCUCUCACCGGACCACGAUACUUAGCCAAGCCAACUGGACCAACUGGACUCCCUCCCCCUCCCCUCUAUGAAACAGCUACACCUGUUUCUCACUUUGUUUGACCGGUCCACAUAAGGCCUUUUCUAAUCCUAUGUACUUCUACACUGAUGAGUUAUAGAUGAUAAAUAACAAGACUUGGGGUUUGGGCCAAUGACCACUAGUUUUGUGAGUUUUGUGAACGAACUCCACCUUAGUUCUGUAUGUUUACACGCGUCUGUGAGAAGGGAUUUGGCGUCCAGCAAGCGGCUAUCUGUUAGCGGUGUGAGUGUUAGCGAUGAUAAUGUGUGUUACUGUAAGUGGAAAGGGCAGAUACAGCUGCAGUGGCUUGCGCAUCUGCGUUCACAGAAAGACAUGGAGAUUGUGAAACGCUAUGGUUAUCUGUUACUGCGGUGAUGGGAUAUGUGUUAUUUGUUUCGGUUGAGGUUGUGUGUUUUGUUUUGUCUUACUGUGCUGUAUGUUUAAAUGCAGUCAAGGUGUCAUGCAUUAAUCAGGGACCAAUGGCUUGCAGAAGAUAAUAUUUCUGUUUUUAUUUCUCUUUCUUUGAGAAAGGUAUUUUUGUCAUUUCCUGUUGACGAAUCACUGUGAUCCUCAGAAACUAAACGGUUUUGGGUUUUAUAGUUUUUUUGUCACCUUUUUCAUCUUCCCCACCCACCUCCUUUCUUUUCACUUGCUUCCUUGUUUUCACUGUGCUGGGGUGAAGAGUUAAGGUGAUGGUACCUGGGGAGACAUUUUGAACAAUGUUACUGGACAGUCACAUGACCGGUUCCUAGUGUUCCGAUUGGAUGGCAGAGACAAGUUGCCCCACUGACAAUUAAGGAUCCUCAGAUUGAAAAACAAAUGUGACCCAGAAACCCUGCCAAAAUGUUGCCCUGUGUAUCCUUGCCAUCUUGCACUGUACUUUUACAGAGAGAAAAGCUCCCUCUUAGAAGUUAGUUAGACUUAGUCCGUGCCCUCAUGGCCGUCUGAGUCUGGCCCAGGUCUGGCUCUGACCCAGCUCAAUUCUGGUUCUGAUCUGGGCUAGAUUUGUUCCAGUGGUCACUGCCAUGAGGACCAGGAAACCUACACCAAAGUGCUGAACUGUUUUUGCUUGUACAUACUGCACAUUGUAUUUUUCCACCUAGAAUGAACAAUGUAUAUUGACUUUUUAAGAUGACAAAGUGGAAGAGGCAGUUUUUUUUUUAUACCUAUUUAAAUGAAACUGUGUUUUGAGAGGACUUUUGCAGGUGUGUAGGCGUGUGUCUGUACUGGAUGUUGUGUACAGUUUGGUUGCCUUAUUGAAAAAGACCAUUGUUCAUUUUAAUGCCCAACAACAUUUGCAGUUCGGUAGAUGACGGUCGUUAUGGUGACUGGAGGAAGGGUGGCACAUCUCACUGUGAGGCCUUGUGGUGAGUGAUAUUAUGAACACGUUUGACCCUCACCUCGACCCUUACUGGACACAAUAACAUCACAGUGUCAAAAGCACAAGUGCCACCCCAUGACUCCUGUACGACGUCAUAUGUGACAUGAUGCCAUGACGACCAGGUAGUUAUUUUUAGAGAAUGCACUUUGAAGCUGAUGACUGAUCACACACACACACACACACACACACACAAGUACACUGUGUGUGUGUGUGUGUGUGUGUGUGUGUGUGAUGGGGUAGUGAGUGCUCUAAUGAGUAUCUAACGAUUCACCUCUCUCGCUUCUCAUGUUUGUACUGGAGAAUCUUUUCCUUGUUUCUGUUAUGGACCUAGAAUGAGAUUCAUGACUAUGCCUCAGAUUUCCACAUUGCGCUUAUUCUAACGUCUUCCUUUCUUUCUUUAUGACAACAUCUUGUUUUUCUACCAAAAUGAGUGUAUGACUUCCAUUUGAGUGGUGCUUUGAAAUCAUUCCAAGCACCUGACUGCUAGCCCUGUUCAAGCCUCUUCUCUGUAGCAAACAUUCCACCUGGAAUGUUGAAAGGGCUUGUCCCCCUUAUCUCUCACACUCUUUGACACACGUGCACACACACACAGACAGUACACAUACACACACACACACACAGAGGAAUACACGCUUUCUGUCAUUAAGAAUCCAAAUACCUUCUUCAUUAUAUGUUUGGACCAUAAUAUCUGACCCUCAUCCAUUGUAAAGGCAAACUUGUUCAGCCAAACUUGUUCAAAAGCAUCUCUGUUGAGCUUUUCUCUUUGUCAAAAAAGGCCCUAAGAAAUUACUCUAUGGCAUGUAUAGCUUAUGUGGAUAUGUACAGAAUGAAUAUCUUAUUUGGCUUGACUUGUGAUGAAUGUGAAAAACUGUAAGAAGUGUACAUAGAAAAGUUUCAUGCUUUUUUUUUCUAAGUAGCCUAUGCUAUCAAGUGAAAUAAUCGGGAAUUUUAAACUAGUGAUGAAAAGUAACGGAGACUGUGAAGUAUGUAUCAUUUGAUUUUUCUGUAUACAAGUGCUUGGAAUUAAAAUAAAAAAUAACUACCCAA